AGUCCUUCACAUUAUUUAAGGUGGGGAGUGAAUGGUGAGUUCAUGCUGAUUGUCGACUCCUUUUACUUUAAAUUUGAAUAUUUGACAGAAAAAGUAAAAAGUGAAACAAGGUGAAGCUCGACUAAGAUGUAAACUACACGUGUGUGUCAGAGAAAUGAUUCAUUAUUCAUAGAAAUGACAAACAAAUAUUUAUAUAAUUUGCAAACUGUUCUUUUACCUCAAACUAGAAACAUGGUCAAUUCAACUUUAUCCUACUUCGUUCUUAGCGCGUACGUUCAUUUAGGAAAUCUGAGGUACUUUUAUUUCACGUUGACUGCUUUGCUGUACGUUGUUAUAGUUGUAGUCAACAUGUCUCUGGUGCUGCUGAUCUGUGUGAACAGGAGCUUACAUGAACCUAUGUACAUGUUCCUGUGCAGCCUGUUUGUGAAUGAGCUGUAUGGCAGCACAGGCUUGUUCCCGUUCCUCCUGGUCCAGAUCCUCUCAGACCUCCACACGGUUCCUGCUCCGCUCUGUUUCCUGCAGAUUUACUGUCUCUAUACUUAUGCUCACGUAGAGUUCUGUAAUUUAGCCGUCAUGUCUUAUGACCGGUACCUGGCCAUCUGCUGUCCUCUGCAGUAUAACACACGUAUGACGUAUAACAAAGCGCUUAUCUUAAUUGGGCUGAUAUGGUUUUACUCUUUUGUCAAAUUCUUAAUUACUUUAUCCUUAAACAUCCGUUUGCCUCUUUGUGGAAACAUCAUAAACAGUUUGUAUUGUCACAACUACCUGGUGGUGAAGUUGGCCUGUUCUGGUGCCGAAGUGAAUAACAUCUUUGGACUCUUUGGUACCGUCCUCACAGUUCUAGUCCCUCUGCUUCCCAUCCUCUUCUCCUACAUGAAGAUCCUCAGAGUGUGUUUCUCUGGCUCUGGACAAACCCGUCAGAAAGCUCUGAGUACCUGCAUGCCUCACCUCGUAUCACUCUGGAACUUCUCUUUCGGCUGCUGCUUUGAGAUUCUCCAGAGCAGGUUUGAUAUGAGCCGUGUGCCCAGUUUGAUGAGGAUCAUUCUCUCUCUGUAUUUCCUCCUCAUUCAGCCUCUUCUGAAUCCCAUCAUGUACGGGAUGAAAAUGUCAAAAAUCAGAAAGAUGUACAAACACAUGUUCUGUUAUAAUAUGUUUGCUUGUCACAGGGAUGAGAUGUAA